UGUAAUCGACGGGUUUGGUCCGCCUACCGCUGAGGUGUUUUCAGGCGAUACUCGACUGGUAGUUUGACUUUUGUGAAGACGAUGUUACUCAUGCUGAAUGACAAACUCGUCAAACGCUCUCACACUUCUGUUUAUGUCGCGAUAAACUGUAACCGAAGAGCUGUCACUCACAGAGGAGCGCGAGCUGCGUGUCGCGGUGAUGGAGGUCAAAGGUUGCAGGUCAGAGGUGGAAGUGUUUAGCAGGUCAUCGGUCGAGAUGAUGUCCAGACCCGAUUCUCUGGCGGUUAGCUGUUCUUCGUCACAGAGCUUUCAGACGCCUCGAUCUCUUCCUCUGACUAUCACAAACACACACAGGUCUCGGGGGGAUUUCCGACCAGCUUCUGAUCCGUUGAUUCCCAAUCCAUUUCCUGAACUGUGCAGUCCGACACACUCGCCCGUGCUGAACACGUCUCUCGGCAGCAGGGAGAAAGCGUCCGACAGCAGCGAGCAAGUUCUGAGGGUGUAUGGCGAUGGUACACACAGUCGUUCAGUCUUGGUGUCGUCAGGGGCAACCGCACAUGAUGUGUGUCACAUGCUGGCUCAGGCGGCACACUGUAUGGAUGAGGAGAGCUGGGCACUCAUAGAACAUCAUUCUGCUUUGGGUCUGGAGCGCUGUUUAGAAGAUCAUGAACGUGUGGUACAAAUUCAGUCCUCCUGGCCACCAGAGAGCGACACAAAGCUGAUCUUCCGCAAAAAUUACGCAAAGUACGAGUUCUUCAAAAAACCUGUGCUGUUUUUCCCAGAACACAUGAUCUCCAACAGUGCUGAUGUCACUAAAGGAAUGACAUCAUCAGAGCUGGUGCAGAGUUUGGUAAAGAGUGGCUCGUGUCCUGAGAUCCAAGGGUGUCUUAAUGUGAGAGAGGGCGGAAAGAAAUCCUGGAAGAGGCUUUACUGUUUCUUACGGCGCUCAGGACUCUAUUGCUCCAGCAAAGGCCAAUCAAAGGAACCUCGACACUUGCAGUUCAUCGCAGAUUUGGAGGAUCUGAAUGUGUUCACAGUGUUCAACGGGCGUAAACUUCACAGCGCUCCGGGCGAGCAUGUCUUCUGCAUCAAGGCCUCGAAAGACAGGUUUCGAUCACAGGACUUGAAGCUGAUGUGCGCUGACAGCGAGUCGAGUCGAACGUGCUGGAUCACAGCCUUCAGAUUGUUUAAGCAUGGGAAACAGCUCCAGUGUAAUUACCAGCUCGCCCAGUCGGGUUCUAGUGUGAACAAACCACGCCCAGAAUCCAAGUUUACAGACAGAGACGAGUCGAUGGUUGCCAUGGAUUUUUCAGGGAACAGCGGACGUGUGAUCCAGAACCCACACGAGGCCCAGAUCGCCGAGCAGGAGGAGGGACACAACUGGCGGAAGCGAGAGUCUCUGCGAUUCAGUUUACAGAACAGCACAAGUCAGGGGUCGCAGUUCACCCGCGAGCAUUCCCCGGUUCAUCGGGUUCAGCCGUGGUUCCAUGGGGGUGUGUCUCGUAGGGAAGCUCAAAAGCUGUUGGAGGAACAGGGUCAAGUUGACGGGAUGUUUCUGAUUCGCGACAGUCAGCAGCACGCACAAUGCUUUGUGUUGUCCUUGUGUCAUAAACUGAAGACAAAACACUACCUCAUCAUUCCUUUAGUGCAGGGAGUACGUCAGUACUACACAAUGGAUGACGGUGUCACACUCUUCACAGAUCUUCUGCAGUUGGUGGAGUUUCACCAGAUUAACCGUGGCAUCUUACCUGUGUGUCUGAAACACCCUUGCACUUGCAUUGCACUCUGAACUUUGACCUUUGCCCUAACAUCAUACAAAUCACUGGACUUUAACCUUGCGCAGUGCUUGAGUCACGAGAUGUAAGGACAUUCUGCAGUUUUUACAAUUCACAAUUUCUCACAUGCAGGCCAAUAAUGUCUGUAUAUUUAAGUGCAAGCAAAUAAUUUAUUUUUGAUUUAAUGUAUAGGACUUACACACUCGCGAUAUUAUUGUUUAACAGUCCCAACCACCCCAAAUACUCAACUUUUUUAGUUUUGUUCUGUUCAUUUUCUUCGCAAACUCUGUCUGUGUGUGUUUCUGAAUCUGAAACGAUACAGUUGAAGGAGAAUUUUCAUCCUCAGACAGCAGGUGGCGCACUGACACUUUGAGUAGCUAACAGGCUGGUCCUCUAAGAAUAGUGCUGAUUGCGUGAAUAAGUUUUAGUGUCGUGUAUGGAUACUUUUAUGACCCUAAGAAGUUGUGAAACGCAGUUUGAAUGUAGCAGAAUAUAUAUGAUUAAAGGGUGCGCAUUUCAUGAAGCAGAACAUUAAAGUCAGUUUACAUUUGUUUA